CUAUACCAUGCAGUCUCCAAACAAUAUCACAACCAUGUUUGAACAAUUAUCAGUCUCUGUUUCACCGACUCAAUACCACUGGCAACCUACAGUAUCAUCUCCAAUAUUACCAAAAAGCAGCAAUCUCCAACAAUACAUUAUACUACGUCGUCUCAUUAAAGUAUUACCAAUUUUACUUCCUUAUAUACCGACUAGGGAUUUACAUCAACUUCAACUGGUCUGUCGAUCUAUAGACCCUUAUAUUCAACGUUAUGUUUGGAAACGACCGAGUUUCCAUAAUGAUAGUAUGCAUGAUGCUCUAACCCUCUUCCAACGAUUCCUUCAACGUCUUCCCGACAUGCGACCUUCAACACGACAAGCUAUUCGAGAACUUUAUCUAACACCCAUGGAAGAAUCAUUAUAUGAACGAGUACCCAAGGACUUUUUCCGUACGCUCGUUCAAUAUACUAAUAACCUCAGUCACCUCAAUAUGUCACGCGCCACUUUUUUUUCUUCUGCGUCACUUCCACCCAACCAUUGGCAAUGGCAACAAUUGACGUCGCUUGAUCUCUCUUAUGUCGAACACCUGACCGAUCCUUUACUGGUGAAACUAGCAACAUCGUUACCUCAACUACGCUUAGUACGUUUGGAUGGUACUCGAGUGAAUCAUGGUGUGAGUCAGUUAGCAUACCAUUGUGAUCAUCUCAGUUCCUUAUCCUUAAAACAUACCUCCUUGACGGAUGAAGCUCUAACUGGUAUUGCCAAGUUCCGGACCAUUCAUAUUACAGAGUUGGAUAUCAGUGCUUGUCGACACCUCUCUUCUGCUAGUUUGGAUAUACUUGCUCGUUAUUGUAUCCAUUUAACAUGGCUUGGUUUGGCUUAUACUUCUAUCUCUUUGGAAACCCUGAGACGACUGGAUCACCGUUAUUGGAAAUAUUUAGAUAUCGCUCAUUGUCAUUGGCUCCAUCAACAUAUGACCACAUCAUCAUCAUCAUUAGCAUCGAAUGAAAAAGAAAUCACUUCUUAUCGACAUGAUAUUUUGGCACCAUCAUCAUCAUCACCAACAUCCUUUCCUUCACCACGAUCUUUGUAUGAUUUGAUCAUCAGCGCUCCUCAAUUACAACAUCUUAGUGUAUCUAUGCCUGUAGUUCAACAUCUUUUAUCUGUUCGUCAUGAUUUACAACAAAAGGAAAAACUUGUUGAUGUAAACAACGCAUCAUCAUCUCAUGUCCGUUAUCUGGUGUUACAUGAUUUACCUGAACAAACACCUAUCUCGUUCCUAGAUGAUCUACAAUUACUUUUCCCAAAAGCUCGACAUAUCAAGUUAGUGCGUGGCUACUAUGAAUCGGAUUCGUUACUUGGUUCUUAUUCCAGUGAUAUUCAAGAUGCUUUCAACCAUACUGUCAUCACUGAAGAAUCGAUCAAGGAUUACUGCUCCAAGGCAAGACAAUCAUCACCAUUCUCUGUAGUAUCUAUUGUAUUGGAACAACACAGGGAAUUAUUGGAAGGUCAAAGUAUGUGGUAGAUUAGUUUAGUGUAUUUUUUUUUUUAUGUAUAUCAAUAAUAAAAAAAACGACUAGUUGUACUUUU